ACGUGCCUGCUCUUGCUCUCGCCGCCCCUUGUACUUUUAGUGUGUGACAGCAACUCCUUCUGCUCCUUCUGCUCCUUCUGCUCCUUCUGCUCCUUCUACCCCCCCUGCUCCUUCUGCUUCCCCUGCUUCUGCUCCCCCUGCUCCUUCUGUUCCAUCCUCUGUUCCCCAAGUGCUCUCUAGCUUUCAGCUCUGAUACAGCCCGAGGAAUAUUUAUCCUUGUAUACCUUUCAGUACGAGAAUGAUAGAAGCCCAUCGCGUUAGCUUGCUGAAUCAGAUUGAAUGCGAUGAAGCAUCAUCAAAGCAAGAAUGCCUGGAUGUAACAGCAACGAAUCAAAAUCAGACUCCGAGCCCGCCAAAACCAUAUCGUCGGUUGACGCUGAGUACGAUCAGUUCGCUGAACAAAACCUUGCACCUCCAUGCAAAGCAAGAUACGUCAAGAGCCUUGUACAACAGAUUAGUUGGUGCUGAGCUACAGGCGGAGUUUGAACUUUUUAAACGAUGCACCAGUGCUCCAUGAAGUCAAAGCUUGUGAUUAGACACUGAUUGAAAGAUGAGAAUAAAAAAUGAAGUUCUUCAAUGCG